AUGAGUAAAAAGUGUUACCGAUCGUUUCUUUUAGACCUUGCAAACGUCUACCUUGGUCUGAAACCCUCGCUUCUCUUCGAUUACGCGGUCAUUGAUGCAACGAACGCAAGCAUUUUGAUCGAUGCCCUGGUUUCAGACAGUGUUGUUCCUUAUGCGUUGGACGUUCUUCGAGUUGGCGACGACACAUUCUUCGCUGACUUGAGAUAUUUGGUGAGUCAUUUAAAGACAUCUGUGGAGCGAGAAGAGCUUAUUUUAAUCGACGUUUCAGGAACAUUGUCAGAGCCUCGUAUGUUGGAAUCAGAUGCUUCGAAAAGCGUUUACAAACAGUUCUCUGAGAUUGUGAACAUUUUAGAUCAGAAAUUAGGAAAUCAGCGUUCGAACGAAACGCGAAGAGACAAUGCCAUUAAAAAAUCAGAGGUGAUAGAUUUAAAUAGUUGUAAUAUUAACGAUAGCAUGUGGUGUAUUCCUUGUGUUUUCGGCUUUCUUCUUGGUUAUCCAGUAAUUUACUGGUGCAACGAUCAGGAUACGUAUAUUAAUUGCAAUUGCCUCAGCAUGCUACCACUCAAUCGUUACACUGUGACUGUAAAAGAAUCAUUUUUGAUCCAUUCUUGGUUGAUGAAACAUAAUAAUGGACUUAUUCAAGCUUUAGGCAGAGGUACAAAAAGCUGCAGUGAACACGCUCUGUUUUCAUUCUCUGCCCCAGUAGCCCUCGAAUCUUGCUAUGAAUCAGAAGUUGAAGGGUGGAAGAAGAGAAUAAGGGAACCUGGAACUAGUGAGCACCUAAAGGUUCAGAAAACAGUAGUUACAUUACCUCAUCUGGCUUUGUAA